AUGGGUAUCCCUGACUUCGUGAAGUUCAUUGCGCGCUCCUCGCCUAGUGCGCUGUGCCGUGUGCCGAAAGGCAGCUCAAGGCACGAGCCGCUCAUCUUCGACUUCAUCUUGAUUGACGCCACGAACGUGGCGCAGACACUUGGGCUUGACACCCUGCGCACAUUUCUCGAUCCCGACCAUCUCGUGGCGAGGUCAGCUGUCAUUUUCGCGCUAGACUCCCAGCGCGAUCGCAGCGGCACGGCGCGCGCUCACCGCCAUGCACUUGUGGGCAUCGGUGACCUCGAUGUGCAUGUGCAGAAACUGUGCGGGCAGUUGGCGGACGCGUACCGUGCGCGGCAGCGGAGCAACAACAGGCUGGGUGCCGGUUCUGGGGCCAACCCGUACGUGCUGACGAGCGGACGCGGUGUGGCGGGGGAGGCGGACUACAAACUUCUUGACCUGCACCGUUCCUUGGUGACGUGUGCCAUUGCCAGCGGAGCCACUGUCCUCCCCUCCUUUCUCUUUAUCUCGGAGGACUCUGAUGUGCUGUGCGGCGUACUCUGCGGCCCAGGACCGCAGCAGGUUUCCAUUGCCACAAAGUUGCAGGACGUCCUCUUCGAGCCUUCGAUUUUGCGCCUGGAUCGCGUCUUGGCGUUUGUGGCCACCUGCACCGACGCUUUCUACGCCGAGAACGAGAAGGAGGCCGCGGCAGCUGCCGCAGCCAAGACGAAGGCGAUAACGGAAAGAAAUGCUGCAAAGCGAAAUAGGGCGAACUCCCUUGCCACUACGCCGGUGACGAAACAUCCGCAGGAGCAACACAGCGACGAGGAGGUGGAGCUUUCCGUGAAGGACACGGCGGCCGCCACGGUUACGGCGACGACUGUGCGAGACGACGGUGUGGUGCGUCGCCGCAAGCAGGACGGCCCAAUGGUGGCCACUGGCGUGCGCAUCGAAUUGGCGGACAGCAGCGAUGACGAUCAGUCAGAGCAUGUGGAGACGAAGGAGACAAAGGUGCCCACAGCAACUGCAGGCGCAACCGCUGAGGCGCCUGUGUCAGAGGUGGAGGAGGUGCCCAUUGAUGAUGGCAAGUGCGUCGAGGGAGCCAUCGCCGCUCCGAGGGAGGGAGAACUGCUCAUCUCCUCCAUCACGCACACGAGCUGCGUUGACAUGGUGUUUCUCUUUAUGAUUGUCAUGGGCAACGGCGUCAAUGUGCCGUCGCUGGUGCGCGGCGCCACAAAGGUGGAUUCCGGGUCGUGCUGGCAGGCGUACUGCAAACACAAGUACAAGAAUUUGUCUGCCGCAGAUGCCGAGACAGGCCGCGCACUACUCAUCACCUCUAUCAACACGCACUCGACGAACAGAGGCAGCCUCGCACUAAACUGCCACUUCCUCCACUCCAUCUUGGACGCUGUGCAUUACGCCGACGCGGAGCCGCGACCGCCCGUCGAGGAAGAGAGGAACAGCGCCAUCAUCUACCUCUCCAAUGCCGUCUACGCGACGCUGCGCUACAUUGUGGGGUGUAAUCUUGACAAGACGCCGGCAUUGAAGCAAACGUUUCUCGACUCACGGCCGCUGUCCGAGACGCCCAUCAUGCUCCCUAGUCUCUCUGCGGUGAUGUGGGUGCUCGGCCAGGAGGCGACGCGCACGUUCUCGUUCCCUCUGCACGGCCUCGCCAAGAAGGAGCUCUUGGUGGCCGCGUCAGGUGGCGCGUCGGCUAGCAACGAUGCUGCCAACGCCUCGUCGAGGCUUGCAGCCAACCACGCCACCUUUGCGCGUGACGCGUCGUCCUCCACAAGCUACCUUGACGUUGGCGAUCAUCUCGUGGCGCCGGCAGCCUCGAAUGCGUGGGCCGUGCGUGGUGCGCGCACGAGCAACGUGUCGCUCGCCACUCUGAUGCAAAACUUCACUAGUGGCGUUGACGGAGCGACUUCGGCUGCGCGCAGCGGUCACUGCACCGAUGCAGGAAUGCGGCCUGCCCAGCUCCCCAGCGUUACAGAGAUGCUGAAGAAAGCCCUUCAGAUGGUGUCACCAGCCAGUUUAGCGAAAGCUAACCUGCUCGUCUACCUCACGGCCGUCUGGACGUACUCCCUCGGACUCGGUGUCCGCCGCAUGGCGACGCUCACCAAGGCCGCCGCGUCAGUGGCGAAAACCGAAGUAGGGGUGUCGGCGUCCAGCUCGGUGCCGCCGCCCUCCUCGGCUGGAGUCGCAAAAGCUUCAAGGGCGGCAUCGGGCACAUCGCCAGCUGGCGGACACUACGUAUACAGCUUCGAGUUGCGUCGCAUGGCUCCCGUUCUACAGCCUGCGGCUUCGCAGCCACCGUCCUCCAUCACAGUCGCAUCUGGGCGCCCCGCGAUAUCUGGAAGGGUGGACAGCACAGCCUCUUCGUUGAGCGAGAAAUCAGCGGCGCAGCAGGCCAUCUUGGCGGCACUCGGGGUAUCGUACGACUACUCAAAGACGCCGCGUGAUUCGGCAAACAUUGUGAAUCUGCCGCGCUGUGCGAUGGACGAGGAGGACGUUGCAGAGCUGCAGCGACUCCGGAAGGUGGCAAGGAAGGAGCGUACGCUUUCUGCGUUGGUGGUCGACGCCGUCCCCGGCAAGAAGCGCAGUGCCAACGCGGAUGACGAAGACGGCGACAUUGGCCGGACGAGGUCAACGAAGAAGGCCGAAGAGACGAAAAACGGCGCCUCCAAGGCAAAGAAACGUCUCGGUAAACGCGAGCGUCUAAAACAGCAAAAGACAACCGCGAAGAGGGCAGUUGCCUGA